GGUUUAACUUCGAUUUUUGUGAUCUAUUUCGAUUCGAUUGAUUUUCUAGCAUACGAAGUAGAAACCCGAACUCCGAAUCCAUGGCGACACCGACAACCAAGCGGAAGCCGGUGUUUGUGAAGGUUGACCAGCUGAAACCGGGAACCAGCGGUCACACGCUGACGGUGAAGGUGGUGAGUUCUAAACCGGUGAAGAUGGUGAGCAACAGGGGCGGUCGAUCGUCGGUGAUAGCGGCUCGUCCUUCCCGCAUCGCCGAGUGCAACGUCGGCGACGAAACCGGAACCAUAGUCUUCACAGCUCGCAACGAACAGGUGGACCUCAUGAAGCCUGGCUCAACUUUAAUUCUGCGUAAUGCAAAGAUUGACAUGUUCAAGGGAUCUAUGAGGCUAGCAGUUGAUAGAUGGGGGCGAAUUGAGGUCACGGAACCAGCAAAUUUUGAAGUUAAAGAGGAUAACAAUCUCUCAUUAGUUGAAUAUGAAUUAGUCAAUGUUGAAGAAUGAUUUAAGCUUCUGGGAGUGAAUCUUUUGAGUUACCAGAGGUUCGAUUGUUUUUCUUUUUUUUACCAUUGAACAAUUGACUGCGGUGCAGUUUUCAUAUGGUACAGCGUACAGUCCUUCUGAUUUAGACUUAAGACUGCUAUGGUUAAUGCAAAGAAUUAUAUAUGAGGUCAGUUUAGAAUAGUGAUAAUGCCUGUGCUUAACAUGCAAAAGUAAUUACUGUUGUAUAUUUCCUCAA